AUGCAUCCGGCACUCGGACUAAUUCCCGCACUUGUGAGUCCUGCUGGUGCAUCUGAUACCACGCCGCACCAGUCGGUCUUCGCAGUCAACGACGGCGCAGAAGUCCCCGCCAUUCGCAGCUACUUCUACGCCGGCGGCGAGUACCAGAUGCAAGGAAACGACACGGAAAAUCAUGUCUUGGUGAACCAGAUGUAUGUCGAGAAGCUCGUGCCCGCUCACGGCGUGUCGCAAGAGCUUCCCAUCAUUCUCUUCCAUGGACGGGGACAGACAGGUUCGAAUUUUCUCAACACGCCUGACGGACGGCGUGGCUGGGCUUCUGAUUUCGUUGCCGCAGGCUACGAAGUAUACAUUGUCGACGAGCCCUUCCGGGCGCGCUCACCAUGGGAGACCGGCCACGGAUCCCGCGCGCUUGUCUCUUACUCCGCCGAGCAUCUCCAGCAGUACUUUACCGCGACCUCCAAGUACAACCUGUGGCCCGAGGCCGCGCUGCACACGCAGUGGCCUGGUGCGGGCGUCAUGGGCGACGCCGUCUUCGACCAGUUCUACGCCGCCUGCAUCCAGUUCAUGCCCAACUCGUCCUUUGAGCAGGCGGCGGCGCAGGCGGCCGGCGUCGCCCUGCUGGACCGCAUCGCCAGGCCGGCUGUCAUUGUCGGGCACAGCCAGGGUGGGCCGCUCCCUCUGCUCUUGGCCGACCAGCGGCCGGAACUCGCGGCCGCGCUGAUCCUCCUGGAGCCCGCGGGCCCGCCGUUUCGCGAAGUCGUCUUCUCGAACGAGACCAAGAGAGACUGGGGCGUGAGCGAGAUUGCAAUGACAUACGAUCCGCCCGUCACCGACCCGGCCAAGGAACUUGUCAAGGCGGUCCGCACAUAUGACAACCCGCUGCGACGUGAAUGCAUUGUGCAAGCUGACAGCCCACCUCCGAGAAGACUCAAAAAUGUUUCCGGAAAGAACGUAUUGGUGGUCACGGCAGAGUCAUCAUAUCAUCACAUGUAUGACCACUGUACUGUGGAUUUCCUGCGUCAAGCAGGCUGCCAGAAGCUAGAGCACGUGUACUUGGAAGACAUAGGCAUCAUAGGAAACGGCCACAUGAUGUUUAUGGAGAAGAACAGCCAUGAGAUCCAGAAAUUUUUACAGAAAUGGAUCGAAAGUGUGCAAUAG